GCCGCGUAGUCGAUCGGUUGGUUUGUACCGUUUUCCUUCGUGGGAGUUUCGUUUCGACGUCUCCGUUUGAUCUCUUUCUCUCUCUUCAAUUUUCGAUAGUAUCCGUUUCGAAAAACGAUUGAAAAAUUUCUCCCACUGUUACGUUUCUUUAAAAAUACAAAACGAUUAUUUCUCGUUCAUUAAACGAUUAGAAUUUCUUACGUCUAAGAAAUAUAUUCGUUCGUUUAUUCUCUUUUAACGGCGUUUUUUUUUAUUACGUGAACCUGAAUAAACUUUACACUCGUGAAACAAACUAUCCUUCGCAUCUUUUCUUAUACGGAGCCAAAGAGAGAGAGAGAGAGAGAGAGAGAGAGAGAGAGAGAGAGAGAGAGAGAGAGAGAGAGACAGAAAAAGGUGAUCUGUGAAUGAAUUGUUAUCAAAUUGAGAAAUACGGUUAUAUAUAUAUAUAUAUACAUAUGUAUAUGUAUAUAUGUAUAUAUAUAUAUAUAAGAUUGGAGAAAGGGAAAUGAUGUCGAAGAGACAAGAAGGUCGAUUCUUCUUCGAUAAUUAAUAUCUUAGAAGACAAUACCCUUAUUGCGAGAAAAGUGUAGUAUAUAUUGCAAGAGAAAGGGAAGGAGUGAGGGAGUCAAGCAAGAGGGGCCAAGAGAGGAAUUCCAUCUAUCUUCGCGCAGAUGAUAUUAACGCCAUUAUACGAGCAUCGAUGAGAAUCAAUCUUUCAGAGGUCAUCACGGAGGUCAACCGGAAGAAGAGAUCGAUAAUACGAGCGAAUAAUUUUAAGAUUCUCCUUUGAGGAACAUAUUAUAAAACACUGUUAUAAUUAAAAAGAAAAAGCAAAAGAAGAAAAAAGGAACGAGACAAGAAAGAACAACAAAUUGAAGUGAUAUCGCAGGGAUAUCAAUAAGGGGCAGACACGCGAAGGUAAUAUCCCUCUCGAGGAAAAAAAAAAAAGUAAAAGAAGAAAAAAGAUCAAACGCAGGCGCCAUUUUUUUUUUUUGGUUAAAUGGCGACUAACCACAACUCUAUUGAGUCAUGAAAGCUAACCUAUAAAAAGAGAGAAAAUAAAAAAAAAAAGAAAAAAAAAGCAAAAUAACAGUGAGGGAGGAGGGAGGAAUAUAGGAAUCUCUCGUUAGAAGAAGAAAGGAAAAAAAAACAAAAGAAGUGAGGAAGAGAGGAAGAGGAAAGCGAAGGUCAUGGCGACACCACCGGACUCGCCGGGACCGGAAGAGGCUCUUUUCGAGUUCGAGAGCACGCGGGCGAGACAACAAACCGCCAGACCUGUAGCCCUCGAGGAACUACUCAGACAGACCAAGUUCUCGAGGCAAGAGAUUCGUGUUAUGUAUCGAGGAUUCAAGCAGGAAUGCCCGGAAGGUGUGGUUCACGAGGACUCCUUCAAGGACAUAUACGCAAAAUUCUUCCCGCAUGGCAACUCCAGCCUCUACGCUCACUACGUAUUCAAGGCUUUCGACGUUAACUGUAACGGGGCCAUCAGCUUUAGGGAUCUUUUGGUAACCCUAUCGACCCUUUUGCGAGGUAGUAUUUAUGAGAAAUUAAGAUGGACCUUCAAAUUGUACGACAUAAACGGCGAUGGUUGCAUCACGAGAGGUGAAUUAGGUGAAAUGGUUACGGCCGUUCACGAGCUCAUGGGUAGAAGACAUCAUGCCGAGGAAGAAAGAAAAGCCAGGGAACAAUUGGACAGAGUCUUUAAAAAGUUGGAUCUUAAUCAAGACGGUGUUAUCACUAUCGAAGAAUUUAUUGAGAGUUGUCUCAAGGACGAUGUGAUCACAAGAUCAUUAGCUAUAUUCGACAGUGCGCUUUGAUCUCCGGCAGAAGAGGAAAAGUCGGAGGAUGAGGUCUCUGGAAUAAAUGCGAUAGCACAAACGGCACCGACGCCACCAACGCCGCCUACGCCACUUUCUACAACGUUUUCGCAAUCUUUGUCGCCGUCGCCACCACCACCGUCCUAUUCCUUGUUACCACCGAUACCUCCGCCUUUACCCUCGCAACCACCACCAGGAUAUACUGUACAGGAUCAAGAGCUUUAUUUACUCUUGGCAGCUCAUUGGUGGAAUCAACCGGAAGCUCCUCUUUUUUGUUGAAGACGAUUUAACGCGAACUGCAACUGCCUCCGGUGCAAUGAAGAAAUAUAAUGUAUGUUCGACCGUAAUGUUUAUUAAAAUGAGAGUGAGAAGAGGAAGAAGAUGAAGAUCGAAGGAAAAAAAAGAAAAAGAAAAAGAAAAAGAAAAUAAAAGAAACAAAAAAGGAGGUAAGAGACUAAGCUUCGAAAAUUGUUAACUCCCGAUAUGAAAGGAGUAUAUAACACGAACGAAGCAAGAAAGAAGAUAAGCAUGAUAAACAUUCGAAAUUUGAUCGAAUUCAAAUUCAUUGCUCUCUUCUUAAAAAAGAAGAAAAUAAUAUUAUAGGAUAUAUUAUAGAAAAACGUAUGAGAUAGAUAAAUAGAUAGAUUCGUACGAAUCGUUCUGUAAGUAUUAAAAGCGUUUCAUUCGAAACACCUGAUAGAUAUCAGCGUAACGAAGAGAAAAAGAGAGAGAGAGAGAGAAAGAGAGAGACGUUGUUGAAUAAUUUAUAAAAAAAAUUCCUAUGAGAGAGACGUAAUAAUAAUAAUAAUAAUAAUAAUAAUAAUAAUAAUAAUAAUAAUAAUAAUAAUAAUAAUAAAUAAGUAAAUGAAUGAAUGAAUGAAUGGAAUAAAUAAAUAAAAAAAAGAAAGAAGGUAUCUUACGUGAUCGCUCAAAUACCGUCGAUUUGUGCCAAAUCGCCGUCAAGGAAUCCAUGUUCCAAUCUCAUGAAUCUCCCAUAAUAAAAGUCUCUUAACUAUUACAUUAUGAAUAUAUAAAUAAAAAUGAAAAAUAAAAAAAAGAGACAAAAAUUUGAAGAUUCAUAAUAUACAUAUGUAAACGUCAAAAACGUUUUGGUAUCCCGAAAAAUAUUGUAAAAAAUAUUCCUUUAAAGGGAAUAUAACAUUGGAAGGUAACAAUCUUCGAAUGGUGUUAAUUAUAUUACACCUAAUGAAAAUUAGAUCAUUAGAAUUAUAUCGAAAAUCUUCCAGAUAUCGAUUUUAAGGAAACGGAAAUAUAUAAUAUUAUAAUAAUGAUAAUAGGAAGAAUAAUAAUAAUAAUAAUAAUUGAUAGAAAUCAUGGUAUUUCUUUUUAAGAUCGUUAAAUAAUAAAAAUGAGAGAGACUCAUGAGAGAAAAUUAAUAAAUGCUUUUCGAACGUAACGUUAAAGCAAUAGAAAUAUUUCUUUUCUUUUUUUUUUUCUUUUUUUUUAUUUUCUUUUUAUUUUUCUUUUUUUUUUUUUUUUUUUCUUUCAUUUUUUAUUUUUUGUUUUUUCUUGGCAUGACAGAAAAAUACUGGCAGUCUUUUAGUUCUUUGCAAAAAUAAUAAAAUAAAUAGUUCAAUGAAUGAAUGAAUGAAUGAAUAAAUGAAUGAAUGAAUGAAUGAAUGAAUUAAUUAAUUAAUUAAUUAAACGUUAUAAUGUUAAAGAGAAACACGUAAGUUUAGCUAAAUUUUUUUCCUCUUAAGUUCAAAGAACUUUUUUCUUUCUUUCUUUUUUAAUUUUUUUAAUUUUUUCUUUUUUUAAACAAUCGUAGAUAGAAUUCAAUUUCAAGAUUAUAAAAUUUAUAUCGGGAUAGUUAUCUAUGUGAUUGUAUUAACGACUGCACAUAUCUUUAUCUAAACUAAAUCAAAUAAGACAAAAAAAAAAAAAAGAAAAGAAAA